AUGGCCGGCGGAACAAGAUACAACUUCCUCAUUGUCUUCUUUGUUGCGUUGGGCAGCUUCACCUAUGGCUUUAAUAGUGCCAUCAUGGGCCUUGUCAUCGGCCUGCCAGCGUUCUUCCAAUACUUCAAUAUCAGCCUCGACGACACUCAGGGCAACCAGAUCACCGGAGCCACCAAUGGACUCUAUUCAGGAGGUGGCAUCUUGGGAUGUAUCUUCGUGCCGUGGCUGCUCGACCGUCUGGGGCGUCGCCGAACGAUCCAGGUUGCAGCAGCCGUGGCAAUCGUUUCGGCAGCACUGCAGGGAGGUAGCGUCCACAUCGCCAUGUUCCUGAUCGCUCGCUUCCUCAACGGUUUCGCGGUUGGCAUGCUGGACACGUCCAUCCCAGUCUUCCAAUCCGAGAUCUCUCCCGCUCGUCAACGCGGCCGCAUGGUCGGUGCCCACGGCGUGCUGAUUGUUAUCGGGUAUAGCUGUGCUGGUUUCUCAGGAUUUGGAACAUACUUUGCCACGCCCACCGUCAGCUGGAGACUAUGCUUGAGCCUCCAAAUUGUGGCACCGCUUCUGCUGUUCAUUGGAUCGCCCUGGCUUCCCGAGUCCCCAAGGUGGCUAAUCGACCACGACAGGCUGGAGGACGGCUUCCAGGUCCUUCGCAACUUGCACACCCGACCCGAAGACCCAGAAGAGAUCGUCGCUCGUGAGGAAUUCCUCCAGAUCCGCAGGCAAAUCGAGCUCGAGCGUGCAGACAAGCUGAGCAGGAGCUGGGCGGCUCUGUUCAAGAAGCCUAGCCUGCGGAAGAGAUUGGUCUUGGGAUUCGGCACACAGUUCAUCGCUCAAAGCACUGGUGUCUUGGUUGUCAAUAACUAUCAGAUCUUGCUCUACAAGUCUCUGGGCAUCACCGGCUCCCUACCUCUGCUAUUGAACGCCCUGUAUAACGGCGUGGCCGCGUUCAUGAACUUUAUCAACUCGUUGUUCCUUGACCGACUUGGGCGAAUCAGAAUCAUGAUCAUCGGGCUGACUGGUUGUGCUUGUUCGUUGAUCUGCUUUACUGCCAUGGUCGCAACGUUCGGGGGAACAACGAACCAGGUCGGCAACGGCUUUGGAGUGUUCUUCUUGUUCCUGUUUGUCUUCUUCUACGGCGGAAGCAUGGAUGCUACCUCGUACGUGUAUUGCAGCGAGAUCUUCCCGACUCCGCUUAGGGCUCAGGGGACGGGGUUCAGCGUGGCGGGCCUGUUCACUGCCACCUUGAUAUACACUCAGACCGCACCAGUCGCUUUCGCGGAAGUCGGAUGGAAGUUCUAUAUCCUGUUCAUCAUCCUACCACUGCUUGGUGCGGCACUGAUGUGGAAGUUCUUCCCGGAGACGAAGCUCCUCACACUUGAGGAGAUUUCGAGGCUUUUUGGCGAUGAAGUCGCAUUGGAUAUUAACCAACUGACCACAGAGGAGAGGAUGGCAUUAGACCGUGAGGUUUCCAAAAGUGUUCAAGGCGUGUUUGCGGUUGAGAUCGAAAGCAGUGAGAGCAAAUCGCCGGGUGAUCGCAUUGAAAUGGCCUAA